AUGGUGUUUGGAGAGAUUCUGAGGACCAUUGGAGAAUUCGGAGUUUUUCAAAAGAUUAUCCUUAUUGCACUAACCUUUCCCAAUUUUCUACUGCCGUCAUGUUUUUCUAGUUUUCUUUUUAUCCAGUCAGAUCCGGAUCGACAUUGUAACACAGACUGGAUUCUCAAGGUUGCGCCUAACCUCACACAGGAAGAGCAGCUAAACCUGACCAUUCCUCUGGAGCGGAAUGGUUCUUUCAGCAAGUGCCACAUGUUUGUUCCGGUGGAAUGGGAUAUUGAAACCAUCAGGGAGCAUGGGCUUAACAAGACCACAGUAUGCCAGAAUGGUUGGGUGUACUUCAACACAAUGUAUGAAUCCACAAUAGUUACGGAUUUUGAUCUUGUCUGCGACAAGUCCAACUUGCCCGCUGUUGUCCAGACUAUCUUCAUGGCUGGUAUACUUUCUGGUUCAAUCAUCUUUGGGCCUAUUCUUGAACAUUUAGGCCGUCUGAAAAACACACAAAUACCAGCAGGUGUCCUGGUAAUAUGCAAUAUUGUGUCUGGCGCAUCUCCAAAUUUCUAUGUCUACAUUGUGGCACAGUUCCUGGUGGGAGUUGGUCUUGCUGGCUAUAGGGUUAACUCUACUGUCUUAGCUACAGAGUGGUUAGGGGUCACCAAAAGAUCCUACGCCUCCUGUUUGUGCCAAAUGUUUGCCGCCCUCGGACAGUGUUUCUUGGCCGGUGUGGUCUAUGAAAUUCGUAACUGGAGAAUAAUACAAUAUGGUUUGGCAGUUGUCUACGUCCUAGUUGUCUUCUACAUUUGGUGGAUUCCCGAAUCUGUGAGAUGGUUGUUGAGUCAAGGAAGAAUCGAGGAAGCAGGGAGGUUGAUCAGGAAAGUUGCAGCAAUAAAUAAACGGGAAAUACCUGAGAAUAUGCUGGAAAUCGUAAACGAGAAAGGAGAAAACCAAAGUGGAGCAAUGAAAACAAUUUUUACCAAUGCUAUCUUACUGAAAUAUUUGUUCAGUGUGUGUUUGACAUGGUUUUCAGUAAAUCUAGGCUACUUUUGUCUUAUUCUCAAUGUUGGGAAAUUUGGUUUGGACAUCUUUCUGGUUCAAUUUAUCUUUGGCAUUUCGGAAAUACCAGUCCAUCUCCUCUGCAUUUGGGUGUUGGAACUGCUGGGGAGAAAAAUUACCCUCAUUUUUACUCUUCUCACUGGUGGGUUUGUUUGCUUCUUGACCCUGGCUUUCUCACAAGAGAGUGCUAUCGCUAUUACAACUCUUGUCACUGUAGGGAAAUUCUUUUUAAAUGGGGCCACUUCAGUAUGCAUGGUCUACUCUCAAGAGCUGUUUCCCACUUCAAUCAGGCAAACCGCUGUUGGCUUUGGGGCCAUAGCAAUGAGAGGUGCUGGACUGCUGGCUCCAUUGGUCAACAUGUUGGCCAUAUACCACAGAUCUAUACCCAUCAUCAUUUUCAGCACCCUUACAGUGUUCAGCGCAGCUCUAGUUUUCCUUCUUCCUGAAACCCGGAGAAAAGAACUGCCCGAUUCUACCAGUGAGGUGCAGGGCAAUAGAAAUGUCAUGAAGAAGGCAGGAACUGACUUAAGGAAGACCCAGCAAAUGAGAAGAAAAGCCUGGGAGCUUGAGGGUCCUGCGCAGUAUCUUUGCUUUUCCUAUGAAUGGCUCUUCUGGACGGAGAUGUCUGAUGUUUGUCCAGGUAUCUGCUGGAACCAGUUCUCAAGUGUGGGGGACACAGCCCCCAGUGCUCCUAUGACCACAGGCACCACUGUUGCUUUCACCUUCCAGGCUCGCUCCAGUCAGUAUGUUAGCCGAGAACACUUCUUGAACAUGGCCACUUUCGGGGAUAUACUUAUUAGCAUUGGAGAAUUCGGAACAUUCCAGAAGCUCAUUAUCUGUGCACUCAGCUUCCCAAAUAUUAUUUUAGGUUUUUUGUUUGCCUGCGUAUUUUUUUUUCAGUCCGACCCAGAGCGACAUUGCAACACAGACUGGAUCCUCAAGGUAAAUGCAAACCUGACUUUAGACGAACAGCUGAACUUGACCGUUCCUCGAGAGCGCGAUGGUUCUUUCAGCCGGUGUCACAUGUUUGUGCCAGUUGACUGGGACAUUGAAACCAUCAGGGAGCACGGACUCAAUGAGACAACGGCGUGCCAGAAUGGUUGGGUCUAUGACCGUUCUCUUUAUACAGCCACAAUAGUCACAGAUUUUGAUCUUGUAUGUGACCGGGCUAAUUUACUGCAAGUGGCACAAACAGUGAUGAUGUCUGGCAUUAUGCUUGGGUGUCUCUUAUUUGGACCUUUCGCUGAGUCGUUUGGUCGAAAACGAGCAGCUCAAAUCCCAUUGGUUUUGGUCAUCAUUUUUACAGUCAUCACUGCAUUGUGCCCCAACUUUUUCCUGUACUUGCUAUCCCAGUUUUUGAUGGGUCUUGGCUAUGGAGGUUUUCGCCUCAAUGGCAUUAUAUUGGCCACUGAGUGGAUUGGUGUAUCUAAAAGGUCAUGGGGAGCAUGUGUGACCCAACUAUGCGGUGCAAUUGGACAGGCUGUCCUUGCAGGUCUUAUCUAUGCUGUCAGAGACUGGAGAGUUGCUCAGUUUAUAACUGCAGCUCUGCUUACAGCAAUUGUUAUUUAUAUAUGGUUCGUUCCAGAGUCAGCCAGGUGGUUGUUGGAAAGAGGAAGGACAGAAGAGGCUAAAGAAUUGCUUGUAAAGGUGGCUGCCAUCAAUAAACGCAGAUUUUCAGACACCCUCCUGGAAAAGAUUGCUAUAAAACAAACAGAGAAAAAGAGCAGCAUUUUAACUAUCGUCCAAUCACCUGUUCUUCGGAAGUAUUUCUUUGUCAUAAUUUUUUCAUGGUUCUCAUUAAAUGUUGCGUACUACUGCAUUUCAUUCAAUGUGGGGAAUUUUGGUUUGGACAUAUUCCUAACACAGCUUAUAUUUGGACUGACUGAAAUACCAGGUCACCUGCUAUGCAUCUGGCAGUUGGAAGCACUGGGGAGAAGAGUAUCUUUCAUUUCAACGAAUCUGGUUGGGGGUUUCUUGUGUAUGCUGAUUCUCGUGUUUAAUCAAGGAAAUCCUGUUGCUGUUACGGCACUAGCUACCACAGGACGUCUUAUAGUAAUUUGGGCCAUAACCAUAUGUACUGUUUAUGUCCAAGAGUUAUUUCCAACAUCUUGUCGGCAAACAGCCUCUGGUUUGGGCUCCAUUGCAAGUCGGAUUGGCGGACUUAUUGCGCCAUUGAUCAACAUGUUGGCUAUGUACCACUGGUCCAUACCCAUCGUAAGCUUUAGUGGCCUCACACUGAUCAGUGGGUGUCUCUGUUUCCUACUUCCUGAGACACAAGGGAUCGAACUGCCAGAUUCACUUGAUGAGGCUGAAAGAACAUGA